UCCAGUUCAGGACAGAUGCUGGGCCAGCAGAUGGGCGCAGAGAUAGACCGGUCCUCCUGCAUCUGGAGAAUGAACAACGCUCCGACCCGGGGCUUCGAGCAGGACGUGGGCCGGCGGACCACGGUGCGAGUGGUCUCUCACACCAGCGUCCCUCUGCUCCUGCAGAAACCCCAGUACUUCUUCGGCCAGGCCAACGACACGGUCUACGUGGUCUGGGGGCCGCUGCGCAACAUGCGUAAGGACGGCAAGGGAAUCGUGUACAACAUGUUAAAACAGGCCGCAGAAAACUACCCACAGGCCCGUAUCUACGUCACCACAGAGGAGCGCAUGAACUACUGCGACAUGGUCUUCAAGAAAGAGACAGGGAAAGACAGAACGGAGGGCUAUAGGAAAGUGCCGUACCACUACUACGAAAGUGGAAGUCGUGACGAGUGCGCAGAAUACCUCCUGCAUGAGAGCGCCCCCUACGGUGGCCACCGUUUCAUCACGGAAAAAGCCGUGUUUGCUAAGUGGGCGAAGACUCACGCCAUUAAGUUCUUCAACCCUGAGUGGCAGCUAUCAUGA